CUUAGGUUAUCCCGCCCCCCUUCGCCCGUUACAGGGAGCAAAACUCUCAGGUCACCAAACGUGACAUUAGCGUGCGACGGAAGCAGUGAGCACAGCACAGAAAGCCGGCGGCGAUGGCCCCCUUCCGGCUAUCUCUUGUGGUUGUGGUGUUGAGCAUCGCGCAUACUCUGGUGUUCGCCCAGCGCGCAACCUACGACUAUGGCUUCGACGUCACCAAGAUAGCGAAACGCCAAGUCGCCCGAGGUGCACGCAUAGUCGUCCGAGACAAGAGCGGCGGCGACAUCCACCUGCGCCAGGAAAUUCGGCAGCUCGAGCAGGACCAGGACGUCUGGACGCUCUACGUCCUGGGCCUUAGUAUGAUGCAGCACACUGACCAGUCUUCGCCCACGUCGCACUAUGCCAUUGCAGGGAUACACGGGAUGCCUCACCAGACUUGGAACGACGUGAACCCGGUACCCGGGAGUGAGAACACCGGAUAUUGUACCCACUCGUCGGUCCUGUUUCCGACAUGGCACCGGUCCUUUAUGGCUCUGUACGAGCAAGUCCUGUCCGAACAGAUCCAGAUGAUUGCUUCGCUCUGGCCUCCUACGGAGAGGCAACGCUACCAAGACGCCGCCCGCAGGUUCCGAAUUCCCUACUGGGACUGGGCAGCCGCGCCGCCUCCGGGCGAGAGCGUGCUUCCCCGGAGUAUUGGCGGGAGUCCGUUUGUCGAUGUCGACGGUCCCAAUGGCCGCCAGAGGAUUGCGAACCCCUUGUUCAGCUACACCUUCAAUCCUCUCAAUGCCACCGCAUUCGGCUACCACCCCUGGAAUUACUGGAAUCGCACGCUCCGAAGCCCGUCGAGUGGGAAUCUGGAUGCCGUGUCUAAUAACUCACGGACCGCCGCCAACCUCGAUCAGAAUCGUCCAUCCAUUGCUCAGCGACUAUACGCCUUGUUCUCGAGCUAUGACAAUUACACCACGUUUAGCAACAAUGCAUGGGGACCGCAAGCCGAUUCGAUCGAGUCACUCCACGACACCAUCCACAGUUUGACGGGCGGCGUUGGGCCUGGCGAGCCGAACCCCGGGCACAUGGCCUUCAUCCAGUGGUCUGCAUUUGAUCCAGUCUUCUUCUUGCACCACUGCAUGGUCGACCGUAUCUUGGCCAUGUGGCAGGCGCUCCACCCCAACACCUGGGUUUCGCCGUCGAAAGCCCUGGUCAGGUCAUACACAACCCGCCAGGGCCAAGUCCAAAGUGCCAGUACCGCCCUGACACCUUUCUUCUCUCACGAGAACGGUACGUUCUGGACGUCGGACGCAGUCCGCGAUCACACAGUGUUCGGAUAUACCUACCCGGAGCUAGUGCGCGGCCCGUCUCGCAGCGGUGACAACGUCAAGACAGUGUCCCGCAUUUCCAGGCAGGCUGUGAAUCGUCUGUACGGGUCUUUCAGUCCGGCCAGCCUCUUCAUCAAGGAAAUGCGAGCCCAGGGGUUCAAGGGCAGCCGCCCAGCGACCUGGGCCGGCAGGGAAGUGGGCAGCGCCACCAGACUCCCUCCUCGCUCCGCCGCUAUGGAAGGAAAGAUCUUCUCCGGGGACCGCUACAACGAGUGGAUCGCCAAUGUCCGGGUUGGGAAACAGGCUCUGGGCGGGAGCUUCUCGGUUCAUUUCUUCUUAGGCAACCCCCCUCGCGAUCCCGAGGCGUGGCCGACAGCCCCAAACCAUGUCGGGACAAUGGGCGUGUUCGCCGCCGCAGCCGCCCCGGGAGAUGGCCAGCAGGGGGAUGCAGGCAGGGACGGCACGCAUGGCGCAGGCCAGAUGAUGAUGGAUGACCAUGACGUGUCUGUGUCCGGCACCGUCCCCCUUACGGCGACGCUGAUGAAGAACGUUGCCGCCGGCAGGUUGGCUAGUCUGGAGCAAGGGGAUGUGGAGCCGUAUCUGAGGGAAAAUCUCAAAAUGAGCGUCUUGGGUCCGAAAGGCGAGGUCUCUGCGGGUGAGUGUCUGCUGGGGAUGGGAAUACAAAUCGUCAAGUCGGAAGUCAGGGCGCCAUAUAAUGAGGAGGAGCUGCCUGAGUGGGGAGAGGCAAAGGCGUGUUUCGAAGUGUGUUGAAUGGUGUUAAUAUGAGGUCAGUUCUCUCCUGGUUCAUGAUGACGGGUUAGUGGUGAUGAUAAUGAGUAUGUAAUGCGCAAAGUUGGGUCGCUGCUACUAGUAGUUACUAGUAACUAGCUGCUUCGAUCUCGGUGAUGGAUGAA